AUGCUCCAAGGGCAUCUUCCAGCCUGUGGCUGCCUUACAGCAGCAAUCUUGGCUCUGGGAAGUUAUCAGCCAUUCUUUAAUGCAAGUAGUCAGGAGCUAAUGAGACCUUCCUUGAACCCGGAGGGAAGACAGGCAUCUGACAUAGUACUCCUUAAUCGCUGGAGUGUUCGCAACUAUCAAGUACAGCGAGGAGACGUUGUGUCACUAAUAUCCCCGAAAGAUCCACAGCAGAAGAUCAUCAAGCGAGUCAUUGCCCUUGAAGGGGACAUUGUAAAGACAAGAGGUUAUAAAAACAGGCAUGUGAAGAUCCCAGGUGGCCAUUUUUGGAUAGAAGGUGACCACUAUGGCCAUAGUUUUGACAGCAACAAUUUUGGACCUGUUUCUCUUGGACUCCUUCAUGCAAGAGCAACACAUAUAAUAUGGCCCCCUCAAAGAUGGCAGAAAAUCUAUCCCACACUUCCCAAAGGACAUCGACUCCUUCCCUCUGCAAAUGAUUCUUCCAUGGAUGAGGAUAAUGAAUAAAAAACUAGUAACUGUGGAACGGGUAAUUUUAGCAGAAUAAAAAAAUUGC